AUGCGUUCUUUCUUUGCUCUGGGCGCCCUCGCCCUCUCAGGCUCCAUUGAGCUCGCCGCGGCUGCCAACUGCCGGCCUUCUGGUACUACUACUAGUGCUGCGCCCUCUUCCUCCGAGACUGGAAGCUCUGGAGGCAACAAGGUCGUCAGGAACUUGGUCGCCAACGGUGGCUGCAACGAGCUCAACCCCAAUGAUCCCUCCGACAUCCCUAACUUCCGCAUCGAGGGCGGCGGCCAGGGCGUCACCGGCCAGGGAUACACCGGCGGCGGUAGCAAGGAGACCAACUGUGCCUCUCUGACUGCCAAUGCUACUCCCAGGCGCAAGAGAGCCGUUGGACCCUCGGUCGCCAUCUCGCAGGAUAUUUCUGACCUGGAUACGGCCACCUUUUACACGAUCCAAUUCUUCUACCGGAUCACUUCGCAUCCUAGCAACGGGGCCUGCCUGCUAACAGCCUCCCUGGGGGAUGGUCAGUUCUAUUCGGAAUAUGUUAGUGAUAGCCAGACCGAGUGGAACAAGGUGCUCCAGAGGACCAUGCCCACCCAGGAGACUUCCGCCCUCAGUAUCAAGAUGACCUGCGAGGGUGACGAUGCCACCAUUCUUGUCGACUCCAUCUUCGUUUCUGAUGCUGUCACUUCUGAGACUAUUGACGACUAUGUCCUUGACUUUGGUGACGGUGGUGCGCAGCAGACUGACGCCACUACUGGCUCUGUCACUGCCAGCGAGACCGCCGUGAAAACAGCUUCUGAGACCGACGCUCAUACUGAGGAGUCUGCGGCCGAGACCACUGACGCUGCCACCGUCAUUGCCACUUCCUCUGCCGAGGAGACCACUACAGCCGAGGAGACCGCUGUUUCUAACGAGACCUCUUCUGGGUUCGAGACUACCACUGUCGCCGAGACUUCUAACGCUGCUGAAACCUCUGCGGGUGAUGAGACCACCUCUGUUGAGGAGACUCCUGCCGCCGAGACAAGCACCGCAGAGAUUGAGUCCACCACUAUCACUUCCGCUGCUAGUGAGACCACCUCUGCUGCCGAAGAAGAGGAAGAAUCCAGCACCACCACCCCUGCCACUGAAACCACCUCAGUUGCUGACGAAGAAGACCAGACAACUACCGCCACCUCAGCCGCGACCGCCACUGACGGCUGCCUACCCUCGACCUGGGAUGACGGCCCUGUCUUCUGCGAGCCCAAGCUCGAAACCGAAGACACAUUCUGCGCCGUCCAAGGCAACGCCCCCUCCACCGCAUUUGAGCUGCUGGAUGUCUCCAGAUACCCCUGGCAGGGAUACGCAAAGCGUUGCGCGACCAUCUGCCAGCAGACCGAGGGCUGCAAGGUCUUUGGCUACACUGAUGAGCGCUGCGCCAUUGCUAGUGUCAACACUGUUAGCGACAUUGAGUGGGAGAGUGGUGGUGAGGAGGUUGAUAUGAUGGAGUGGUCUAACUUGGACUGCUUUGUGUGCGAUGAGACUUGCAUCGUCACUGAUAUCUAG